AUGGAAACGACACAAUGUCCAGAACAGCUUUGGGACUACGCCAUUACCUAUGUGGUAAUUGUGCGUAAUAAUACCGCUCGCAAAGCCUUAAAUUGGCAAACGCCCUUAACGGUCAUGACAGGUGACACGAGCGAUAUUUCAGAAUUGUUGGAUUUCGAGUUCUACGAACCGGUACAAUAUUUUGACAAUCCUGAAAUUAAAUUUCCACAAGCUAAGGCUAAAGUUGGUUGGUGGCUUGGUAUUGCAACAAAUGUUGGACAAGCUAUGUGCUACUAUGUCCUAACAGACAAAGGAACCGUGAUAACGCGUUCCACAGUCACACCACUUCACAAAGUUGAUUCGACUGCUUUGCAAACCUCUCUUACAGCUUUUGAUGCUAUGAUAAGGGAGAUUUAUCAGCCUACUGAUUUUGCUCACAGCACUAAAAAGCAAGCUGCCUCGUUACGACGAGAUGAAGCAAUGAAGGUUGCCAGAAAAACUGGUGAACCUGAAGAUCCAGGAGUCCGUAAUAGACAUGUUCUGUAUGACUUAAAUGAGGGAGCCGACCAUGACCAAGUGGAACCAGGACUAUCAGUUGAUGAUUACUACGGUAACGACGACGAAAAAGAGUCUGGUUCGUCGGAUCUCCUUGUCGGCAGCGAAGUACUCCUUACUAAGGGAGGUAUACAACAUCUAGGCAAAGUCACCAAGUGUGAUAAAAAUGGCCAGCCCAAGGGCUCAAACGAAACAACCAAUUAUGUUGUUGAGUUCAAUGAUGGUACUGAAGAGAUUCAUGGAUACAAUGCUCUGCUUGACGCUGUGUAUAAGCAAGUCGAUGAUGAUGGUAAUGAAUGGUAUACUUUUGAAGAUAUUGUUGACCAUCAAAGGCGCCCACGUGGCGGCCGAGGACGAACGAAAGGUUGGUUCCUCCGUGUUAAAUGGGCCAAUGGUGAAUACACCUUGUCAGGGAACCACCUUCCAAUGGUUAAGUUCCACAGCCAAUCUCUCCUUGCAGUCAUUGACCCUAAGUGA